AUGGCUAUGAAGUUGCUCCCGAAUAGUACGCUAGCCCUGCGGAAGUUCAAUAAGUAUUUGCGUAAAAAUGUGAAAGAUCAAUCGGCCAGCAUAUUACGCCUGUGGACAACGCAAUGCGAGUUCCUGUUUGCCCAACAGUUGCGAAGAAGCCAACAGAUAUUUGCCCACUACGCUAAGAUCUGGGAGGAACGCGCGCUACGUGAAUUGCUGCGGCGUUUCCGUGGACAGGUACAGCGGCAUGCCAAAGGGUUCAUGCUGUCGUCCGCGGCACUGCUCACCUUCGACUGGGAACGCGAACGGAUCGAGCUGGAAUCGGUCCAGGAACACAUGGAUGACUUUCAAUUUCUGGAGCGUCUACAGCUGGAAACAAUCUACUGCAAGCGGUGCGAGAAACGGAAGCAAAUUGAUUCUCGCGUCGAAGGAAUCAACUACUGCUGCUGCCCGAAGAAUGUGACGGAAAUGUUGUCGGCCGAACCGAGCGUUUACACUGCCUGGGAACCGUACAUUGAACAGAAGCGCAUGAUAACGUGGCGUCAGGAAAUUAAGCCAGGACUGUUUGCCUACAAAGUUUACGUGGAAUAUCCCGACGUGACGGCGGAAGAUUUUCUCCACGUGCAAAUCGAUGUCGAGUAUCGGAAAAAGUGGGACAACACUGCCGUCAAUUUGGAGGUGAUAGACGAAGACUCAGCCAAAGGAUCCAACAGUCACAUCAUCUACUGGGAAGCUUUAUGGCCCAAACUCUUUGCCAAUCGUGAUUAUGUGUACAACAGGCGCUUCUUUAUCGAUCGCAGCCGGCGUGUGAUAAUGAUCGUGAACAAAAGCGUGGAACACCCCAAGUGUCCGGCGAAACCGCACACGCAGCGUGUCCACGAGUAUUGGAGCUACAUGGUGAUUAAACCGACGACUGCCUUCAACAAGCCAGGCGUUUCCUUCGUGCUGACGUACUUCGACAAUCCCGGACUAUCGAUACCGAAGUACAUUACCACGUGGGUGGCCAAAAAGCAAAUGCCCGACUUCCUACGCCAACUGCACCAAGCGACGGUGAACUAUGCGAAGGCGAAGCGCCAGAAUGAGACCCGCAUUAUUGAGUUUUGGGAUAAGCAUAAGGAUCCAGGCUUUGAGUAUCCGCCGGAUACGCUGCUCGGUUACAGUACGGAAGAUUUCCACGAGGCACAAAAGCAAGAGGAAGAAUCUAGUCUACAGCAAGUAAAUGGUAAUUAUGUCGAAGCCAAAGCAUCGUCUCGUGCUCUUGCUUCAGCAACUGCAAAGACGAACACUGAGCCGCUGCUGCCACAGAACGAAAAGGGCAACAGUUCGUGCAACGGUGCGAAAGAUCCCAGCGACAGUCAGCCAGAGGAAAGUGCACCGGUAAAGAAAUCAUCCUGGUGGAGUUACCUAUAUUCGUACAUUUACUUCGUUUAA